GUAUCGUAUGCUUCUGCAUCCACCACGAACAAUGCUGCGGAAUACCGAGGGCUAUUGAAUGGGCUUCGCCAGGCUGCACGUUACCGGCACCGUGGCCUGCACGUCGUCGGCGACAGCAAGCUGAUCAUCACGCACCUCUCAAGAAGACGACCGCCGAAGGCCCCGCACCUCCGCGACAUCUACGAGCAAUGUCGUGCUCUUGCUGACCAACUCCAGAUCACGUCAUGGACACAUCAUCUGCGCCAGUUCAAUAAGAUGGCUGAUGCACUGGCUAAUAUCGCCAUGGACACCAGAACCAGUACGCAG